AUGCUCAAGACUACCGCACUACAAACGGGUCCUCCCGUGGUCGCCAAGUACAACCUGCAGUACACCAGCCCCCAAACCGCAAACACAUCUGCGGUGGACCUAUCAACUAUUGCCCCACCUAAAAAUUCAAGGUUGAAUUGCAUACGAGCAACCGCAAACUGGAAGGCGAUGAAUGCAGGCUGCCACGGCACGAACAAAAAUAACAAUGUCUGCGUUGAGGGCAGAGGUUCGACUUCUAGCCGAGUGAUGCAGUUGGACCUCAGUCUACCUGCCCGAAUCGGCUCGUGGCAGAGAGCUGAACAACUCACCUGGUCGCAAAAUGCCAAGUCUCUACGCCGUUUCCCCUUUGAAUUUCAUCUAUGGGCCGGCUAUCAGACGGAUAGAUUGCCAAUCAGCACUACUGCAAUGCCAGUGUCACAGCCCCACGUGAUACCACCCUCUUCUGCAGAUGUAAUGCAGGCAUCGAGCCAUGGAGCCCCCGAUAACCGACUUGCGUUGAUUUUCGGAGUGUUUUCUUUCAGCCCACACCAGGCAAACCUAUCCAUACCCGAGUUCCAAGUUGUCAAUUAUCCCUCCUGGCUAACCAUCUUGCAGCGGUUUCUGCCUGGUUGGAUCUACAAGACGGAAGAAUGCCCGAUAUGCCUGUCCUUCUUCUCCACUGACAUGCCACCCGGCCCGGACCCCCGAACCGGACUGGACCCCAAAUUCAAGCCCGAUCGCCGCUUACUGCAACCAGAGUACCAAAACCGUUGUCACGGCUGCUGGAUAGGCCGCUUCACAAUCUCAUUCUUCAGUCAUGUUCUCGACAGCGUAGACUCAAAUGACAUGCGAGAUGCCCUGUUCUACAUCGACGCAGACGUUGACGGCACAAACAUUGUUCUUACCGCAAGGAAAGGAGGGCCAAGAGGCGGUUAUGUACUAUCGAAAUUGCAACUGCUUAAAACAACGCUACCACCGGCCCAAGGUUAUAUGCAGUCCUGUCUGCGAUACUUGAUCUCAGUCCUUGACCCCAACGCUUACAACCCGCUGCCGGUGUAUGUAGCCCAUGCCUAUGAGUCUCCACCCAUCGUAGGCCACACGGGGUCUCCAGAUACUUUCAAAAAGAUCUUUACGUGGUUCGAGGAAUGUGUCGCGCAGCAUCCGGACUGUGGCAGUGGACUCAGCAUACACCCGAUGCCAACUCGUCUGAUUGAUAUCUCAGACAAAGGCAAUAUGCGAUUGGUUGAACAUGUCACCACAAGAAGCCACUACAUCGCGCUCAGCCACCGAUGGAUAGAAGCUUCCAAGAUGCCGCGAUGUGUGAGCACCAACAUCGAAUCGCUGAAGAAGAAUGUUCCUUGGUCUGCUCUUACCCGGAACUUCCAGGACGCCAUCAUAUUCAUCAAAGACUUUGCCUCAUGGUAUGCGAAAGACCACCCAGAAGAAGAACCCAUUCGAUACGUCUGGAUCGACAGCCUGUGCAUCAUCCAGGAUAGCGUUGCAGACUGGAACGCAGAGUCAAAGUUGAUGUGUUCUGUCUAUGAGGGUGCACUCCUCACUGUUGCAGCAGCGGCCGGGCCUGAUGGCUGCUUUGCUGAAGCUGAACGCGUCUACAAGGGAUUCGAUGUUACCAAUCCUCAACGCCAAAACCCGAGACUGAUGCUGCGAAAAAGCCUACCGGAUCAUGAGAAUGAGUAUGAGAUGGCCGGGAGGGAACAUGUCAUGCAGCAGAAAGGUCUUCGUACGCCUAGCAGAUUGGAUCUGAUGACAAGAGGAUGGGUGAUGCAAGAAAGACUACUUUCUCGCAGGUUCGUCGUCUUCGCCCCAAACGAAGUCAUGUGGGAGUGCUACGAAGGCUCCCGAUGCGAAUGCGGCAGACUCUCUGGCAUGACGGGCCAGUUAAACCUUGAGGGAGAGGAAGGCAACAUGAGUCAGGUUAACCAAAGAUCCUAUCGUUUCCACGACUCUAAGCGGGUAGAGGAUCCGAAUUAUGCACUCCUGCCGAUGCCGCUCAAAAUGGCGUAUUAUGCCUCAUUAGACGACAAGGGUGAACAUGCGGCACGGAACCUCCGCAACUGGUGGCGCCGGCUGGUUGAGAGAUACACGACAUUAGACCUAACUCAAGAAUCAGACAGGCCCCCCGCGAUAAUGGGUCUCGCAAUCCAAUAUAGCCGCCGGACUGGGCAAGAAAUGAAGGAUUACGUUGCAGGGAUAUGGAGGAAGUCACUUCCCUUAGACUUGCUAUGGCAUACAGAAAAUCCCUCCAGUGAACCUAUCUCCAAAACUUCGAAGGCCAAGGAAACACCAUCGUGGUCCUGGGCAAGCUGCCGAAGUCAGGUCAGAAUGCCUCGAGAGGGGAGCAUGGAGAAACCGAUAUACUACGCUGAACUGACUUGUGUCAACGAUGGUAUCACUGUCGGUCUGAGAUGUGCUGUUUUCACUGACUUGAGUGAAAGAGCAAGAGACGAAACGUUCCCGAUUACCGUGUUGCAUGACUUUCCUGACAGAGCGGCAAGUCUUGCUCCUUCAAUUUGGGAAGCUGAGGCCAUAUUUGCUCUAGUGCUCAGAGCGGGUGAAGGCGAAGAUACUACUUGGAUGUACCUUCACAUCAAGCCCAUCAAGGAGGCGCAGAUAUUUGCGAAAUAA